AUGCGAUCACAACAGCGCUCGUCAGGGAGUGUGCGCGUCUACACCAAGCCCAAGGGCAAGCUGCCGGACUUCAACGAGCCGGUGGUGCUGCGGCGCACGCAGUGCUCCAUCGAGGGCUUCUGCAACAAGCUGCACAAGACCAUGAUCAAGCAGCUCAAGUACGCCCUGGUGUGGGGCACCAGCGCAAAGCACCGGCCGCAGAAGGUGGGCAAGGACCACGUGCUGACAGACGAGGACAUCGUGCAGAUCAUCAAGAAGGUGUGA